AUGUAUGAUCAUGAUCAUUUCUCCAAAAACUUCUCUGUUUUUCGCCAUAUUCUGACCAAGGAUUUCGCAGAAGAGCAGAAGUUUCUUUGGUGCAUAAUGGGCAUUAUAAUAUCUGUGAUCUUCUUUUCUUUAGGAAUAAUUGCUCUCCUGAUAUUUCAUUUCUACAUACAAGGGAGGUCCUUAAUAAGGCAGACUGCUGAAAAUGGUCUCGUUGUUCGAAGAAGUAGCAGCAAUGGAGGAAGUACAAAAAUGUCUGAUGAAGACUUGAAGAAACUCCCCUGUUUCCUGUACAAGGUUGAAGAAACAGACAGUCACAGAACAGAAGAUACCUCGGAAUGUGCUGUGUGCUUAGAAAGAUUCAAGAGAGGAGAAAACUGCAGAUUGCUGACAAAUUGCAACCACAGUUUCCAUCUCAAACGCAUUGAUUCAUGGUUGAUACAGACACCAUACUGUCCAAUUUGUCGAACAAUUGUCCCGAAACAGUCCAGCUAA